AUGCUCUUUGAAGAACCCAACAGUGAUGUCAGUGUUUCAUCGGUCUGGCAGGAAGUGGAAACAUCUGAAACAGAGUCUGAGGUAGAAAGUGACACAGAGGGCUCAUCCUUUGAUAGCUCGGAUGAGACUACAGUGCCAGUUCAGUCGGGUCCGCCCCAGUUUGUCCAAAAGCUGAUAGUGUUUGCUGCUGGACUGAGGAUGCUGCUGUCCACAAUCAUGAACACAGCAGGGAAGGUGGUGGUGACCCUUCUGCUGGGGCUGGCAGGUAUCAUCAUGCCGUCCCUCACCUCAAGUGUGUAUUUCUUGGUGUUUCUCGGUCUGGUUUGGUGGUGGGUGUUCGGCCGCUCCAUCAACCUGCUCCUGUUCAGCUCUCUGUGUGUGAUGAUGACCAUCUUCAGUGGAGGACACCUACUGGCCCUGUACCUCUACCAGCUGCCCUUGGCCCAGCAGCUUGUGCCACCAGAGGACAUCUAUGCCAGGUACAGAAGUGACUGUAAAGUAAGAUUAGACUACGCUGUACUAAUCCAACCCUUUUAUUAA